CCCUGUUGCAGCAGCAGCUCCUGCAGCAUCCACAGCUUCUCUGGAAACACUUUUAAAACCUAAACCUUCUGCUGACAGUCAUUUAGAGGGCAUGUAGCAGCUGUCUGGCUGCAGCUUCGACGCAAGUUUUUUUUGUGUGUGUGCGUAUCAAACGAGUUGCGUGCUCCAUUCAUCAUCGCGCGGGUAACCUACAGGCUGCAGCAGUUGCAUGCCACCAGCCAGAUGUGCCCCAGCUUUGGAAAACUGACUUGAUGUGACCCCCUGGGACUUCCUUGUUGGACAUCAUGGGAUGUGGCACUUCUGUUGCUAUGGAGACACAAGAGAAAAAAGUGGAGACAGUUAAAGACGACACAGUGAAGUCUCCCAGCCCAGCUCUGACUAUGAAGGCAGCUGUUCUGAUCCAGCGAUGGUACCGGCGCUACAUGGCCCGUCUGGAGAUGAGGCGCAGGUAUACCUGGAACAUCUUUCAGUCCAUCGAAUAUGCCGGGGAACAGGACCAGCUACAGCUCUCCAGUUUCUUCAGCUUCAUGCUCGACAACUUCACACAGCUGAAUGGAAAUGGACCAGACUUGAUCUCCCAGCUGCUGGACCCGGUGGUGGACCCCUGGUUAGACAGAGAGACCUGCUACAACUUGAUCCCUGUUGCAGAGUCGUACACCGGGCCCCGACUGUCGUUUCCCCUCUCUGUCUCUGAUACGAAUGCUCUCCUCAGUGCAUUUAAGGAGCAGCAGACUCUACAUGCCAGAUAUGUUCUGCAGCUGCUGUACGAGACCAAGAAGCUCCUCAAACAGAUGCCCAACAUCAUCCACCUGUCGACAUCCUACACCAAAGAGAUCACUAUAUGUGGUGAUCUGCACGGGCGGCUUGAUGACUUACUUCUUAUAUUUUAUAAGAAUGGCCUUCCCUCUGCGGACACGCCUUAUGUGUUCAAUGGGGACUUUGUGGACCGCGGGAAAAAGUCCGUAGAAGUAGUCGUCCUCCUGUUCGCCUACCAGCUGCUUUACCCUGAUUACAUGCACCUGAACCGAGGCAACCAUGAAGACCACAUCAUGAACCUCCGAUAUGGGUUCACAAAAGAAGUCAUGCAGAAAUACAAGACUCAUGGACGAGAGAUCCUCCAGCUGUUUCAGGAUGUUUUCAGCCUUUUGCCUGUCGCAACCGUCAUUGAUGGAAAGAUCCUAAUUGUUCAUGGAGGGAUAUCAGACCAGACCGACCUGGACUUCCUCAGCUCCAUAGAGAGGCACAAGGUGAAAUCUGCCCUGAGGUUUCCCAGGUGUAGUUUGGAGCAGCUGGACAUCAGUCAGUCCUGCAGACAAAUGAAAAGAAUGAGAUCCACAGCCAGCUCUCGUCCCAGCAGCAGUCGCAGCUACAACAAGAACCAAAGAACCCCGAGCCACAGAAAGAGGCGAUGUGGACACAGCCGACAAGACAGCGCCGCCUCCACUUCUUCCUCCUCCUCCUCAUCAUCCUCGUCCUCUUCGCUCUGCUCUCCUCGAACUCCAUCGUGCCUCUCUCCUCGUCCGUGCCUGUCUUCUCCCUGCACGCCUUACAAUAUCAAUGUCCUCCAAGUGCCUUUCCUGGACUCUCUGUCCUCUGUCCCCCCUCCUUCACCUCCACAACAGGAUCGGGAUUGGAAACAGAUAGUGGAUAUAUUGUGGAGUGACCCUAAAACCCAAGAAGGCUGCAGUCCCAACACAUUCAGAGGAGGAGGCUGCUACUUCGGCCCUGACGUCACACAGAGACUGCUGCUCCAACACGGACUCCAACUGCUCAUCAGAUCCCAUGAGUGCAAACAGGAGGGAUAUGAGCUCUGUCAUGAUGGACAGGUGAUCACCAUUUUCUCAGCAUCAAACUAUUAUGAGGAGGGAAGUAACCGUGGUGCCUACAUCAAAGUAGGCCGAGAGCUGGUUCCCCGCUUCUACCAGUAUCAAGUCAGCCGCACAACACGCAAACUCACCCUGACACAGAGAGUACGGGUUGCAGAAGGCUCUGCCCUCAAGGCCCUGAAGGAGAAGCUGUUCUCCCAUCGCUCUGAGCUGCUGUCGGGCCUCCAGCAGUAUGAUCAGAAUAACACUGGUACUGUUUCAGUUUGUGAAUGGGCUCAGGUGCUGGAGUCUGUACUGAGACUGGAUCUGCCCUGGAGGACACUUCGUCCACACUUAGCCCGUCUGGCACCAGAUGGCAGUGUGGAGUAUCAGUCCAGCUUUGAGGACAUGGAACCAGGGCUUCCUCUGCCUCAGAUGACUCCAAACUUGGCUGAAACUCUGUUCAGAUACAGGACAGACAUUGAGAUUAUAUUCAACAUUAUAGACAAAGACCAUUCAGGUCUGAUCUCCAUCGAGGAGUUUCGUCACACCUGGCGGCUCUUCAGCGCCCACCUGGGAGUCGAUAUUGACGACAGUGCCAUCGAUGACCUAGCUCGAAGUAUCGACUUCAACAAAGACGGCAGUAUAGACUUCACAGAGUUCCUGGAGGCCUUCAGAGUGGUACACAAACUGGACAACAAGGAUCACCAACUUAAUGGAAGGAUGGAUAGAGAAAAGUGUUCGUGAAUAAGAGUCUGACUACUGCAGUAUCGAAGUGCUGUAUGAUCAGCAGAGAAACUAACAGUGAACAGAAAGUAGAACAGCAGGGAAAAGAUGAAAUAUUUUAGUAUUUAUUAAGACUUGAACAUUAAAACUAGAAGUUAUUAUUGUUGCAUUUUGUCAUUUGUGCAUUUUAGCCACGCUAUAGCAGGGCGGCUCUAGGGAUGGUAAUGUCAGUCCCUGGGUUACUUCAGUCCACCACUUUGGUUUCAAAGUGAAAAUAUUCUUCACAGAUAUUGGAUGGCUGACCAGAAACUUUAUACAGACAUUCAUGGUCCACAGAGGAUAAGUUUGUAAGACUUUGGUGAUCCAUUGACUUUUCAUCUAGCACCACCAGCAGGCCAGAGUUCUCAGUGCAGCGAAACCUCUCCACAUCAACCAAGUGGAUAGGAAUGCAUUUUAAGACAUUCAUGGUCUCCAGAUGAUGGAUCCUAAUGACUUCAGGGACUGACGUUCCCUCCAGUGCCACCACCAGGCUGAGAUUUUUGAGCAUUUUGGUGUGAAAUGGCUCAAUAAAAGUUUAAAAGGAUUGGUGUGACAUUUGGUAUUAUCUAGAAUGAUUAUGUUAAAGGAACAGUUGACCCCACAAUCAAAAUAUAUAUUAUUCACCUUACCUGUAGUGCUGUUUAUCAAUCUACAUCCAGGGAUGUUGCUUGGUACACGUCCUGCAUCCCUGACGCAUUAAAAUCUGAAAGGACGCAGUAAACUCACUUUCAAUGCAUCCAGGGAAUGCACCUGAUUAUUUUCACAGAUAAUGCUACAUUGUGAACAAUCCUCAAAGAAGUGGCAUCUGGAACUUAACUUAUUUCUUAUGUCACAGACACCACUGAGAGCAAAACUUGUGUUUUGGACAUUAUCAUCAUACUAUCGUUGAUGUGUCGACGUUUUUGUAAUAGUGCUCUGCCCUGAUCUGACACCUGCCUGCCUGCUGUAAUCCCAGGCUGUCCUAACCUCUGUGCCACCAUUGCCUGGCUGGACAAUAACCUUAUAUUUCAAUGCCUGUGUGCCGUCAACAGCCGUGGUCAGAGGCAAUAUGUUUUUGGGUCGUCCGUCCAUCUGUCUGUCCCUCCCAUUCUCGUGAACACGAUAUUUCAAGAAUUCUUUGGCAAAACUUCCUCAAAUUUGGCAUAAAUGUGCACUUGGACUCAAGAAUGAACUGAUUAGAAUUUGGCAGUCAAAGUUCAAGUUCACUGUGACCUCACAAAACAUAUUUUUGGCCAUAACUCAAGAACUCAUACACUAAUUAUGACAAAAUUUCACACAACUGUCUAAUAAAAUGAUGAAGUGGUGGGUGUAGUUCAGUGGAAAGAAAAUAGUUCUACGUGAAACUUUAAAAAUAAGGUCUGUGGAUUAUCUUGAGUAAACAGGUCAUGAAUUCUGGAAAGAGACUGUUGUUGCUGUUGACUUUUUCCAAAUGUUUUUUUUUUUUUUUUGGCCCUUUGAGCACCUCAAGCAGACUGCCAUCCAAUUAUAUUAUUUUUGAGAGAAGGCACACAUCCUUACUGCUAAUGCCUCCAACACUCAGCACCUCACACCAAGACAACUUAGACUGAUAAAUGCCACUGCAGGUAAGAGGAAAAAUAUGUAUUUUGGAUUUGGGGGUGAAUAGCUGCAUUUAUAUAGCACUUAUCCAGAGCACUUCACAAUUUGCCUCUUAUUCACCAGUUC